AUGUUUUACGAAUUGCGCAGGUGGAACUCUCUGGAUUCAGGCAUGUUUGGAUACAGGAUGUUCAGCUUCAAGUCGUUUGCAGCGUGGGGAGUAGCAGGAUUGGUUUUCUACAUGACAACUCCCGGAGCUUCAAAAAUGAUAUCCACAAACACUCCUUUUGCUUUCAACUCGAAGAAGGGCGAGGUCAGAGAACAGAAGGACCAGUGA